AUGGAGUUGGAUAAACUAUUCCAUGAUUUAGAAUCCAACCAAAAUUAUGAAUGUGAAGAGGCCAAAAGGAAACUGGCGGAACAUUUUACACAGAUCAAAGAUCAAUGGCUUGUUCAUAAUUUAAUGGAAUAUUAUUUGAAGACUGGUUCCGUCCGUAUUAUUGAGGUAUUAAUCAAAGCUCAAGCUCCACAUGAUGGUUAUAUAUUUGAUCGUUUGGCCGAUUGGCUGAAGACACCGGCCCAACGUGUUAAUGCCUUAAAUUUAUUCUGUUUUGUUGUGCGUCGUCAUCCGACCUGGCUGUUCAAAGUGGAAAAGCAUCGCUUAAUCAAGGAUAUGCUACAUUGGUUGAAGCAAUUGGAGAUUGAAAAAGAAAUUGUACCUUUAAUGAGUGCCCUAUUGGCCAUUAUCACCCUACUACCGAUCAUACCCAAUUUAGUACCGAAUUUCCUUAACGAUCUAUUUGCCGUUUUCGCCCAUUUGGCCUCAUGGAAUAGUCAACAUCCUAGUCGUUUGUCCGAGGACAAAUUGGUACACCUGCAGUUGGGUUUACAAAUGUUGUUUCAUCGUUUGUACGGCAUGUUUCCGUGUAACUUCAUGGCAUUCCUAACGGAUUUUAUACGCCGUGAAAAGGGUGCUAUUUUCCAGCAUACCAUUAAACCACUGUUGGAGACGGUACGUUUACAUCCGAUGUUGGUAACGGCCACAGUGGAUUCGGAAAUAAAUUCCGAACGAUGGAAAGAAAUACAACCGCAUGAUGUUGUGGUGGAAUGUAUGCGUCUUUCCUUGCCGAUGAAAUAUCAGGAUUUAACAUCGUCUGUGGCUACAACAACAACAGCAGCAGCCGCCGCCGUUCUGGCCUCGUCUAGUACUACGAACACAACCAGUACAUUUCAACAACUAACCGCCUCGGCAACUACCUCAUCGUCGUCAUCAUUGGGUCGCCAUCAACAACAAAAUCGUUUGGUUGGAGGCACACAAUCACAAUCUGGUAUUUGGAGUCCUUAUUACGAAAUAAUCAAUUCCUCACAUACCCCACUAACACCGACUCCGUAUAUGAUGCCAUCGGCAUUAAAUCAAGGCUCUUUGGGUGUCAGUGGUUGUUCUCCACCAGAAGCUGCGGUUGAAGCCACCCCGGAAACUACCCCCUUAAAAGACAACCGAGAAUUGAAAAGACCCUCAAUUGGUGGUACCACUGGAGUGGUUAAUCCUUUGGCAGUAAGGGCUAUAUUUACCAACAGCCAGCCCUCAUCUCCACAUCGAGGAAAAGAUACGGUCCAGCAUCCAUCAGUACAACACCACCAUUAUCAACAUCAGCACUUUAAUUUCCCUGAACUUGGCUCCUCAGGUGGGGGUGGCACCACCACUACCUUUGUGGAGCAGGAACUCAACACCCGGAUCGUUACACGAGUGACCCGCUACGACCAUAAGGUACAACAAAUGUUGCACGAUCGUAACAAAUCCCAAAGUCCUUUCCAGACAAUAGAAGCCCAGGCGGCAAAGAUGGGUUUUCAAACGCCCACCGAAUUUUGUCGCACUCCCGAUGUGGACAAUCACAGUGCGGCGGCGGCGGUUGGAAGUGGCGGCACAAAUUCCCGUUACUAUCAAUCGAAUUCGAUUACCCCGCUCUCCGCACUCAACAGCGGUAGUGAGGCGGCGGCGGCAUGUUGUGCUGUACCGAUGUCAUCGGCAGCCAUGGAUAUACCUAUUACCAAAGUAUGUGAUGAAUGCAAUGAAACCGAUCAAACCCUGUGUACCGAAGGUGGCCUUCAAAUGCCCACUAGUAAUUCGAUGCAGCUGCUGGCCAAAGGCAUUAAGCGCCGCAAUCGCAUGACUAGCUAUUGUUAUAAUGAAAAAAGUUGUGAGAAAAUUGGUGUCAAUGGCAACACAUCCGGAUCCGGUGAUUCGUACAAAACCCUGCAUAAGGUUCGUAGAACUAAAUCCCUAUCUUCGUUAUAUUUGGUAUCCUCUAAGGCAUCUCAAAGUUCCGGUGAUAUAUCGGACAAUAAUGAAGACGAUGGAGCAUCAGGGCCAAAUUGCGAAAGGCCAUUGCAAAAGUGUCCCAAAAUGUUGGCCAUUGAUUCGGUGCUAAAGAAUUCACUGCAAAUGAAGGCAGCCCUUUGUGAAGAGAAGUCGGUACAGACAUUGGAAGCAGUGCCUCUACCCAAUCAUGAGAACUCAUUGUUGCAGAUGUUGAUCGAGACGAAUGAGUUUCGCACGGCCUAUGAGGCCAAGAGGCAAACGCCCAAUGAAAUUCUGGAACAAUUCAUUGCUCGUGGUCUGCGCAACAAUAGCAUGGACAUUCUGGACAAGGAGCAGUUUCAAUUGCUCUAUCUACAGCUGCAGUAUGAACGUUAUCGCCGUGAAAUACACGCUGAACGUAAUCGCCGCCUAAUGGGACGAUCGCGGGAUAAGCGAUCGCUGGAAAUGGAACGUGAACGUUUAAAGGAACAGUUGAAGGAUUUCGAAAUGAAAAACCGGGAGCUUAGCCAACAGCUGGACAAGACGAAAAAGGCCACUAACGAAAGGGAACGAGAAUACCAGGAAGAGUUGUCGGCCCUGAAGACGAAAUAUCAAAAUGAAUUGGAACAGAAUCGUUGCCUGCGACAGGCCAAUGAAAACCUGCAAACGAAAUUAACCGAAGAGCUGUCACAGCGUAAAGACAUCAACUACGAAGUGGAAGCUCUGAGGGGUCAGGUAUUCAGUUUGACAACGGAACUGCAGCAUGCUCAGCAACAGGCUGAAGUGGGUAUGCAGUGUCGUCAGGAGUUGGCACGUCUCGAAGCUGAUUUCAUUGUGAUGGGCGAGGUUCAGAUCAGAUGUCGGGAUAAGUUGGCGGAGAUGGAUAAUUAUCGGUCGCGUGAUGAGGAACUACAAGUUCUGCAGGAGGCCUAUAAUUUGGAAUUAAAGGAACUGAAACACAGUCUGGAUGAUAAAACAUCGCAAUUAGAUAGCGCUCGUCAUAAAAUUCAGGAAUUACAUUCACAAUUGUUAAACAAUGAAAAAGUAAUAACUGAGCAAAAACGCCUUCUACGAGCUGUUAAAGAUGAAUACGAGGAGAGAUUUAAAGCCUUAAACAAAAAAUAUGAAAUACAAAAAACAAUCAUAAUGCAAAUGGAGGAAAAAUUCAUGAUGACCUUGCACAAGCCAUUGACGUUAGUAGCUCCGGCGCCAGCUUGUUCACCGGAUACCGAUAAAACAGACAUUGCUUCCUCUGUGGAACGCAACUCGCCAUUAUCCACAUCCUUGGCCUCUAGCGAAAGCCUGUCGACAAGUCUGCGUUCCUCGGAGCUACGCAACUUGCAACAGCUCUUGGAAAAUCCCAUAGCUGAGGUAACAAGUGGCAUUAAUAUUGUUGAUGGUCAGCGUCUGCCUCCACAAAGCUUGGAUUUAGCCUCAUCGGCUAAUACGGCAACUAGUUUGCUAAACGAUCCAAAGGAAUUAAAUUCGCCCGAUGUUAUGGCAGCAAGCACCAGCGGCGGCCACAAUCGUUCUUUAACCAUGACGACGCACAUGCAUCCACAUCAACAUUUGCAACCUCAGCAGCAUCAGCAGUCGGCAACUCCAUUGUCUUCAUCAAAAAUGUUACAUGCAACAACUUCAUCAUCAAUAGCAGGAGCAGGGAAUCAGGAAAAAUCACAGCAAAAUCGUUGA